ACAGAUUACAAGAGCCAAGGGUGCUCCUUGGAUCACACCAUAGUUGAUCUGGCCAGGUGUCAAUCACCCCAAAGCGCCUAUGUCAUGCUAUCCCAAGUACACACUCUGCAUGGCUUGGCUAUUCUGAGAGACUUUGACACUGAGAAAAUUUACUGCUCACUGCCUUCCAAUCUGUGCAACAAGAUAGAAAGAUUGGAGAGACUCACACUCCACACUGUGCGCCAUCAUGGCACUUGA